CCUCCCGUUCCCCAUACCCCAUUCAUUCCCCGCACCCCACAAACUCUGCUCUUUCAACUUCUGCAUUGUUCCUCUGCAUCGAGUAUCUCGCCAAUGUCCGACUCGAGUUCUCCGCGGUCCAAGCGAGAGGCCAAGAAGCGAACCCGCACUGGCUGUCUCACCUGUCGAGCGAGAAAGAUCAAAUGCGACGAAACACCGGGGAGAUGUGCCAACUGCACGCGCGUGAUGCUCGAGUGUCGAUGGCCGGUCAUGCGGGCUGUCGUGCAACGGGGGGGAGGUCGUCCUCGCACGGCGGCGUGUACGGGAUGCCGGGUUGCGCGAUGCCGGUAUAAGACGGACAUGACUGAGGUUGUGGAGCAUGUUGAGAAUACAGCUGAAGAGGAAAUCGACCGAGAUAUCCUGCUCCCCCAUCUCGACGCCUUCUUCACCUCCGUCUACCCCGUCCAGGGCAACGCCUUCAUCCACCGCGGCACGCUGUUGCGCGACAUCAACGCCCGUCGCGCCGACCGCGCCCUCCUGCUGGCCAUCUGCGCCAUCGCCACACGCUUCCUGCCCACCGCCGUGCCCGGCCGGGAAUGCGGCUGGGCGCGUGAAGCCAAAGCCCUGCUCAUCCUCGAGGGGACCGUCUCCGUGCAGCGUGUCGCCACGGCGUUGAUCCUCGCCAAACACGACAUCCACUGCGGCCGGUUCAGCUCGGCGUGGAUGCUGGCCGCCAUGGCCACGCGGGGGGCUCUGGCUCUAGGACUGCAGAAGCAAGAAGAAGAAGAAGAAAAGACGUUCAUCGAGCGGGAGACCAAGCGCCGGCUCUUCUGGGCAUGUUACUGUCUGGAUCGCAUGAUGGCUCCAGGACUGCCGGACCAGAUCCUCAUCCGGGCAGAUCUGGCGGACUCGAUCGCGCUGCCCUGCGAAGAGCAUUCCUUUCUCCUGGCCAUCUCUCCUCCACGGGCUGGUCUGUUGUGCUCCGACGAUGGAGAGGUCGGGCUGUUCGGACACUACGUUCGCAUGAUGAGUAUCCGGUACGAGAUCCUGCAGACAACAAGGGGCGGCAGCAAUGCAAGUAGAAACGUUCCGUGGAUGUCGAGUGCAUUCCAAGAGUGCGAGCGCAAGAUGACCGCAUGGAAAGCCUCUCUGCCUCCGCAGUGCCAGCUGAGACCAGACACCAUCUACGCCCGCCAGGCGCAGCACCAGCUCACCCCGUUAACCAUGCUGCACGUCUGGUACGAGCAAUGCAUGGCGGAUCUGUACCGCGUCGUCCUCCCUGGCUUCCCGGAAACCAUGGCCGCAGAGGUGCUCUCGUCGGCGCCCCCGGACUGGGUCCAUGGGCAUCAGCUGGCGUGCGUCGAACACGCCCGCAGCAUCGCGCGCACGCUGCAGACCGUCUCGCAGCACGUCGACCUGGCGGCCUCGCCGUUUCUGGACGGCAGUCUGCCCAUGUGUGUGCUGGAGAGCAUGCGUGUGCAGCUGCAGUGGUUCUUCAUGAACGGACAGGCCGAUGCUGCUGCUCUCAGAGAGCAGGUCGAUCUGUUGUUGGGCUAUCUGCAGCCUAUGGCCAGGUAUUUUCGCCAGGCGCAGUGGUUGGUAAGUAGUUUCUCUUCUUUCUUCUCUUCUUCUCUUCUUCUCUUCUUCUUUCUUAUUCUCCUCUAAAGUUGCUUGAAAUGCGGCGUAUGCUCCGGCGACAUGGAAUCGAGGUGGACGAGGGAGAAUGGCCGUACGUAUGCCCUGCAAGGCGGCAACAACAGACAUACUGACCAUCAGGGAUACACCGGUCGAAGCCGA